CCACUCUGCUGACAAAGCUCUUAUUUGUGUCAAGGUAGCCAUUGAGCCCCUCAGUGCAGAACGGACAUCUGGGACCUUGGAGUGGCACCAUUUGCUGGACUGCAACCUCGGGCGGUAGCUGCUGAUCACAUUGUGUGUGGACUUGUAAAAGUCCACGGCGGGCCCUCCUGAAGCUCUGUAGGGAUGACCAAUUUUGAUGAUAUCCUUUUGGAGGUCGGGGUAUUUGGGAGGUUUCAGAAGCGCAUCUUCUCCUUGGUCUCCCUGGUGUCCAUACCCUGGGCCUUUAUUUAUGUAGGAGUGGUCUUCCAAGGGUUCACCCCAGAGCACUGGUGCAGAAAUCCUUCGGCAGAGGAGUUGAGGCGCACGUGUGGAUGGACUCUGGAGGAGGAGCAGCGCUACACGGUGCCUCUCGUAAAUGGCAGCACUGGCCCAGAGUACAGCCGCUGUCGGAUGUACGAUGUUGACUGGAACAGCACGGCCGUCAGCUGCGAGGGCGCUCCUCUGCUCAACUUCACCAAAGACGCCCCUGUAAUCGACUGUAAGGAUGGCUGGGUCUAUAAUUAUGGAGAACGAAAAACCUUUGCCAUGGAGUUUAAUCUGGUGUGCUCGGACGCCUGGAAGGUGGAUCUGUCUCAGUCUGUACUCAAUCUUGGUUUCCUGCUGGGUACAAUAGUUAUUGGAUAUCUAGCCGACAGGUUCGGCAGGAAAAUCUGCUUCAUAGUGUCUUCAGUGGUAAACGGGAUUACGGGAGUCCUUGUGGCUUUCUCCCCGACAAGUGAAGCGCUGCUCAUUUUGCGUGGGGUUUGCGGAUUUACCAUCAAAGGUGGAUGGAUGGCCGGCUACGUGCUCAUCACUGAACUGGUCGGAGUGGAUCACAGGCGUAUCGUGGGCAUCAUUUACCAGAAGUUCUUUAGUGUUGGAAUCAUCAUCCUGCCGCUGAUUGCCUACUUCAUUACUGACUGGAGGUGGAUACAAGUGGCCAUCAGCGUCCCCUACUUUAUCUUCCUGAUAUACUACUGGUUGAUUCCGGAGUCUCCAAGAUGGCUGUUCUCUCAAAAGCAAACUGGUAGAGCUGUUGCUAUUGUUGAAAAACUUGCCAAAGAGAAUGGAAGAUGUCUCUCUCCCUUAACUGAGAAACUCACUGAUGGUGAAGCUACUGAAGUUCAGAUGCCAUCGUUUCUCGACUUAUUCAGAACGCCCAAGAUCAGGAGAUGCACAUUCAUCUUGAUGUUCAACUGGUUUGUUUGUGCCGUGGUCUAUCAAGGCUUGAUUAUGCGCGUUGGAAUCCUGGGUGGAAAUGUCUACGUUGACUUCCUGAUUUCUGGAGCUGUGGAGUUUCCAUCUGCCGUGAUAAUUCUCCUCACUAUAGAGCGAGUGGGAAGGCGCCUUCCAUUUGGAAUUGCAACUGUAAUGGCGGGCGUCGCCUGCUUGACGGCUGCUUUCAUUCCUGAAGAUGCCUACUGGGCUAAAACAGCUGUGGCUUGUGUUGGAAGGCUGGGCAUCACCAUAUCAUUUGAGUUGGUGUGCUUCAUGAACUCUGAGCUUUACCCGACCUUCAUGAGGAACCUGGGGGUUGCAGUUUGUUCCACUCUGUGUGACAUUGGGGGAAUGGCUGCACCUUUUAUUCUAUACAGGCUAGCAAGUAUAUGGCUGGAGCUUCCACUGGUGGUUUUUGGUGUACUUUGUGUUAUUGCUGGUGCUUUGGACUUUUUGUUGCCAGAAACAAAAGGCAAAAAAUUGCCUGAGACCAUCGAUGACAUUGAACACCCAAUAAAGUUUAAAGACAUUCAUCUUAACAACCUUCACCUGGCAUCACCUUUACCUUCAGAUGCUUCACAAAACAAAAAACAUCCAGAGGUGUGAACUGGGAGCCCCAUGCUGAGCCCUACCAAUGCUCAUUAUAGUCUUCUGUUUGAAGACGGCUGCCACGCUUUUUAUAUUAGAGACUGUGCAGAGUGUGUGCUGUGGACAAGAAUGAACAGCUACUGUAGCUGUGUUUGUUACAAGUGUAAAGCAAACUCUACCUCAGUGUUUCUAUUGAGGGUUACUUGAGGGGGAAAAACAAACAAACAUUAAUUUUAGAUUAAGAUGUGAAUGUUACAGAGAGCAGUUUGAAGUUCAUUCUUCUGCAUAUCACAGACUCCUGAGCUCUUAGUAGUCCAUACAGCCCAUGUCAGCUGGAGGGAAGUGAUUUUUAAUUUUACAGCUAGAAGAGUGAUGGAGAGACUGAGGUUAUGAUGUUUUCUGUGAGUUUGAUUAUCUAUGUGAUUACAAAAUGCACUUCAACAUACUAGUGAGAGCACAGCUACAACAAUAAAAAAACAGCAAGCCCAAAGCAGCUUAGAUUAGCCCAGGUAAGACUUUUCUUAAACAGACUUGUCAAUAAUCACCUUCCUCUUUUGAGAGAGAGUAAAAGUCAGUUUAGAAAUCAGAUAUAUUUUCUGACAGAAGAGGCAACCACUUUGACACUUUUGAAAGUGAAUAUCAAGUCAAAACAGAAAUCAUAUUUUGUGAACCACAGUUAAUGCACAAAGAAUGUAUAUUAACAUUUUUAUAUUAAAACCGUACCACUUC